AUGCGAAAACCAUCUCUCUCCCAAAUCGUGUAUAACGCGACCUUUCCCCGCCCGCGUACCAGCGACCCGGGCUCUUUUGCUGCACAUAUUAACCGUCAUCUCGUCCCCGAGGUCCGCAUGGAGACCAACAACUUCUACGGCCCUCUAGACUGCAUUGAAGCCCAGUAUCCUGGCCUGGACUAUUCGUACGCUCCUCAUCGCCUGCGACUGGGCCGUUUCCCCUGGCACCGUCGGCUCUUCCGGGUCUUCGACGAGUUAGGUCUUACAAGGGAGGAGAUAUCCGAACUAUGUUGUUGGGAGGGAACCAAGUCCGCCCGCACACGAUACGAGCUUGAGGAAGGGGUUACCGUGAGAGACACGACUGGUCAUACGAUCGUGCAGGCGACACCGCACGUUGCUCCCUCAGUGAUCGUCCACCAUGACUUCUGCGGGCCAGAAGACGACGAUCAUGACCAGGCGAUCGAGACCGGGAGUGUCGACACCGUGCGCGCGAGCGAUUGCCAGUCACGUACCGAAAGCGUACUCUCUGAUUACCGGUCACUGGAGCUGGAGGAGGAUUUCAGCGACGAGGAAGUCGAGAGCUGCGGGCUGGCGCUAAACCAUCGUCUAAUGGCCAACAUGGCGGCACGCGACCAAGGGAAUGACGUUCCUCUUGACGAGGACUGGGAGCAGUGGUUCAAGGACGCUGGGGAGGGUGGCUAUGGGGAGAUACUGCAUGCAAUCCGCUCUAAUCAACCAUUGCCUUUGUUUCUGGAUACGACGACCGCUCGGCAAAGCCGCGCUGCACGCCCGCCGGCCUCUACGCUGACUGCAGAGUCGUUUCUUUACUCUACAGCCCCAGACUCCUUCGCUUCCAGCCCCGCCCUGCCCCAAAGCUCCAACCACUCCCACCGUGCGGCUCGUUGA